GGAAAAGCUGCCCCCAGAGCAACCUCUCAAUCCACAGCUGGGAGUGUGGGAGACACAGGUAGGAGAGCAACCCCAGCAGAGACCCCCGACCAUGCUGUGCCCCACCUCACCUCACCUAGCCCUCCUAGCCCUGCUCUCUGUGGCUGGCGCUGUGGGUCCGGGGGAGCCAUGCCAGUCCGAGAUGAACCUGAUCAAGGAUCAACUGCAGGUCAACUGCUCCGGGCAGGGGCUCAGAGUGGUGCCACCUGCCCUGCCCAAGAACACCGGCAUCCUGCUGCUCAGCACCAACCGCCUGGCGUCCGUCUCCACUGCCUCCUUCCAGCACCUCCCUGAGCUGGCUGAGCUGGACCUGUCAGGCAACGGCCUGGGUGCGCUGCACACUGGGCCCCCCCUGCCCUCGCUGCAGGAGCUAGUCCUGUCCCACAAUGCCCUGGGGGUCCUGCCCACCCUGCAGGGCCUGCCUGCCCUCACCCGCCUGGCCCUGGCUCACAACAACAUUUCAGCGCUGCUGCCAGGGGCCUUCCGGGCUGUGGGGCAGCUGAAGGAUCUGAAUCUACGGGGGAACCAGCUGCGGACGCUGCCAGAAGAGGUCUUUGAGGGCCUGGCUGGGUUGAAGGACCUGGAUCUGUCUGAUAACGCCCUGGACGAGCUGCCACGGGGGCUGUUGACUGGGCUGGAGCUGGAGACACUGAGGCUGUCAGGGAACCAGCUCCGCACUCUGCCCAGCGGCUUCUUUCCCGAGGAGCACACGUUCGCCUUCGUCUUCCUGGCAGGGAACCCCUGGCGCUGUGACUGUGGGCUGGCCUAUCUGCGGGGCUGGAUUGCGGACAAUGACUUCAGCGUCUACACCCAGGAGCAGAGGUCAGAAGGGCUGCAGAUCGAGAAUGAUCCCCGCAGCCCCGUGUGCGAUGCGCCCCUCAGACACCGAGGGAGCCCCGUCCUCGAGUUCAAACAGGCCUGCGGCAAAGCAGGGGACGCGGACUUGGAUAUUGAUGGGACAAUGACAGAGGAGGGAAUCCCUGUGCCCUCCGCUACUGCCCCCUCCGCCACCCAGCCCCCAACCACUCCCGUGCCCCUCACUACUGCCCCCUCCGCCACCCUGCCCCCAACCACUCCCGUGCCCCUCACUACUGCCCUCUCCGCCACCCUGCCCCCAACCACUCCCGUGCCCCCCACUACUGCCACCUCCACCACUCUGCCCCCAACCACUCCCGUGUCCCCCACUACUGCCCCCUCCACCACCCUGCCCCCAACCACUCCCGUGCCCCCCACUACUGCCCCCUCCACCACCCUACCCCCAACCACACGUGUGCCCCCCACUACUGCCCCAGAACCUGCAUCCCCAGCACCCCCACGGCUCCCCAGCACCCCCAGGACUCCCACCACCACCACCCUUAUCCCCUCGCCUCCCUUCCAUACCAGCCCUCUCCACAUCAACCCCUGCCACCAGCCACCCCCUCCAACGGGGGCUCCCCGCCUCUGCGUGUGUCCCACCCCACCCCCAGCGAUGCCCGUGGCUGGGCGUCAGCAGGGCAGGGAGGGCCCAGUGUGGGGCCACUGGGUGCUCACCCACUGCUGCCUGCUGCACCUGAUGCUCUACCUGGCCUCCUUGCUGCUGCUGCUACUGCCCAUGGUGGCUCUCAUGGGCUGGAUGAGCUGGGUAUAUCUGAGCUGGUAUCGCCCAGCUCUGAGGGGUCCCCCAGGGGCACGGCUGGUGCGGUACCAGCUGCUGAGAAAGGGGGAGCUGGCAGCGCCCACCAUGAUGCAUCUCAGCAGCUUCAAGAGCCCCACCGAGCCCCCGACCUUCCGCACCACCAGAGAGCUGCAGAUUCACCGUGACCCCCCUAUGCCCUCCUUCCGCCGUGUUACCAGGAGGCUGCUGAGUGUGGGGGGGCUGGGCCCCUGGCGGGCUCCCUCUGCCUACAGCCUAGACAGGGGGGAAGCAGCUAUUGGGGCUGUCAGGGUGAAAUAUGCAACCACCACCCUCUAAGGGGGGCAGGACACCUGGGUUCUAUUGCUGGGGCUGGGGAGGAGGGUCCUGUGAGCUAGGGCAGGGGGUGCUGGUCGCCAGGACGCCUGGGUUCUAGUUCCGGUUCUGUUGCUGUGACCAUACCCACUGUGCACCGGGGACAAGAUUCCUCCCACUGCUGCAGUACCUGGGAGGCUCCCUUAAUAUAUGUAGAACCCAGGAGUCCUGACUCCCAGAUGCCCCUCCUGUCUCAGACCAAUGGGACCUUCUAACCCUGUAUCUCCCGCACGCACACACCUGUUGCAGAGGCCAGAUCUGGAAUAACUGUCCAGAAGGACAGUUUGCCCCUAAAACCAGGCACUUCAGGGCUGGCUUGUGCCCUGGCAGAGCCCUGUAGAUAUUUCCUCCACUCUGUAUCAAGUCUCUGGUUGUUCUUAUAAUACACAUAAAUGUUGAUCCUACUCUGAAUCCUGUGGCAGACAGUUCCAUUGGCUAAUCACAGAAUAAAGACCUUCCCUGGAUGCAUUUCAACUAGGUCACAGUUCAAAAACACUGGGUCGCUAGUUGUCUUUGCCGGAAGUGAAUAAUGGUGCUCAGUUUAUCAACUGGAGCUGACAACCUCUAGAUGGGAAAGGCCCCAUAUCGUAUGCCCUGACCUGUCUGGGCCAGCCAAUUCCCUUGCCUUGUGUGUGGUUCAGAGACAGCACCCUCUAGAGCGAAAAAACCCCAUAUCCCAAUCCCCACCACUCUAAGCUAGCUAGAUCCCCUACCCUGGGGUCACAUCAGCUGGUGCCCCCUAGAGGAGAAAUGCCCAUCUGCCACCGCCCUAAGCCAGCCAAUCUCCCACCCCGGGGCUGGAUUGGAGCUGGCACCCCCUACAAGGGAAAGGCCCCAUGUCCUACUCCCCACCCCCAUCAGAGGGCCAAUCCCCUGCCCUGAGGCUAGAUUGAAGGUGGCACCCACUAGAAAAGACAGGCUGCAUGUCCCACGCCCCGCUGCCCUGAGCCAGCCAGUCUCCUGCCCUGGGGACUGAUGGGAAGCGAGGACAGUGCCCCCUAGAGGGGAAAUGCCCCAUCUCCCAGUCCCCAGCACUCUGAGCUGGCCAGUUCCCCCACCUUGCAGCUGAUUUGCAGCAGCAUCUUAUAGGAAGGAGAAGAGUGGGUAGUUGUAUGAUUGUUUGAUGGCUUUAAGUUCUGGCUUUAUUUCCCAUAUCAUAUUUCCCAGUCAAGUGUCUGAUUUCCCACAUCAUUCCAAUGCACUAAGCUGCGGCUGGAACACUUUCUAAUUUCUAUUUCCUCUGUAACUAACACACAAUAUAUAUAUAAUCCAAACCCCCUUUCAUAUGGCAAUGCUCCUUGAGAGUCUUAAAGAGAAAUCACAGAUGGUUUUGUGGAGAUGUGAGGAGUCUAAAAUUUUCCUGUCUUUCAGUUUCAGAGCUUAUCAUAAAAAUAAAGGGAAAGGUAAACACCUUUAAAUCCCUCCUAGCCAGAGGAAAAACCCUUUCACCUGUAAAGGGUUAAGAAGCUAAGACAACCUCACUGGCACCUGACCAAAAUGACCAAUGAGGAGACAAGAUACUUUCAAAGCUGGAGGGGGUGAGGGGCAGGAAACAAAGGGUUCUCUCUGUCUGUGUUGUCUUUUGCCAGGACCAGAGCAGGAAUGCAGGUCAGAACUCCUGUAAAGGGUUAAUAAGCAAUCUAGUUAGAUAUGCGUUAGAUUCUGUUUUGUUUAAAUGGCUGAUAAAAUAAACUGUGCUGAAUGGAAUGUAGAUUCCUGUUUUUGUGUCUUUUAGUAACUUAAGGUUUUGCCUAGAGGGAUUCUCUAUGUUUUGAAUCUGAUUACCCUCUAAGGUAUUUACCAUCCUGAUUUUACAGAGGUGAUUCUUUUACUUUUUCUUUCA